AGAGAAGCGGGCGGUUCUCCUCCUCCUCCUGCUCCUCCUCCGUUAACCCCAUCCAUCACUUGUUGGAUGAGUCCGUUUGAAAAUGCUCCUAGCCUUCCCGUUGGUUGUUUGCCAUCUUGGAGUCCAGUGAGGUCUGCAGGCAGUCACAUCUGAAGGUGAAACUGUUCUUUUGCAGGAUUCUUGCGCGUAAAAGGCGCUCAUCCCGCGGAGCGUCUUUGUCCGGUGACCGACUAAUUUGGUGCGUCCUCUGCGCCGUGAACGAUGGCUCUCUGGGUCUAGAUGUCUGUCUGACCUCCUGACUGCUGGUCCAGCAGCUGCGGUGUGGGAUUUUCCUUGUUUUUAUUUUGAUCUGAUCUGCCCCUGACCGAGGUGUGCGUACUGGAGUCAGGCGCAUCCUUGGAGAAGUUCCGCCGCAGUCCCACGCACAACGCUCCUCCGCUGCCACAAGGAUGCUGCCUCUCCACGGUCAACAUCAACCACAGGACAAUGUGACUCAGUCAGUUGCUCUCAUUGGUGUUCUACUGGUGUGAUUCUCGUUGUGCAACCCCUGCUAUCAGGCUGCUGUUAAAACAACAUAACAUCCAAACACUCCUCUAAUGUGUUAAGCAGCUUUGCUGAACAGUUUGAUGGAGAGCUGGUCGGAUGACAGCUGGAACUGUUGUCAUAACUGGAGGAAUACUGGCCACAGUGAUACUUUUGUGUAUCAUAGCCGUGCUCUGUUACUGUAGACUCCAGUACUACUGCUGUAAGAAGAAUGGGUCUGACAGUGGCUCCGUCUCUCAGCAACACUUUGCCUGCAACGCCUGCAGCAUCACCGGCCUGGACGGACCGAUCAUCACCCCACUGUCCCUGUCUCCGCUGGAGCCGCCCAAAUCCUUCAACCCCACCCAACCUGCCGCUGUGGGGCAACGCCGCUACUGCCCCACCUGCUCACCCUACAACUCACCCUAUUACAUUCGCACCACUGAUGAGAUGCGUAACGGCGGCGAGCGCGUCACCUACAUGCCCACGCACUACGACAACCAGGCACUGUCGAUGCCGCUGCCUGCCAUCAGAGGCUCCCUGCUGAGGGACGCUCCGCGGGGCCGCCCUCCUGAUUUCUACACCAACACCCGAGCCAUCAGCACAGAGGUGUGACCGCCUCAUGUUCCCACCACCCUCUCCCUCUCUCUCAACACACCAGCACCACCAUCGAGACAACCACAAAUGUCAAAUCUGGCUGGAAACAUUGGUUUAUGAUGGAUUAAACUGGGAAUUUUCUUUGCCAGGUGCGGGCAAUAAAAUAACUGAUCCCUUUCAAUCUUUUUUUUAAAUUAAAUUAUAACAUUAAAUCUUAUUCAUGUUCACAAAAAGUAACAUUUUAGUGACAGAUAGCAGAUGAACCAUAUCCCUUUAUGCUCCCACGUGAAGGAGAAGCCUGUCGACUGUUAUUGUACCUUUUCUUGCUGAGGGCUAAAUUAUUUCAUGUUUGAUUUUUGCUGCAUAUCUUCCUGAAAUGUAAUGAAGUAAAACUCAUAGCAGUUUUGCAAAAACAAGCAAAAAGAGAGGUUGAUAUAUCUUUUUUUAGGUGAGUAACAGAGAGUGUGCUGGUGGGGACAUCUGGAGAGUUCUCUAUGCAAGCUUUCCAGCAAACAUCUCAUCUCCAGCCAUCUCCUUUCCAUACAUUCUCAUGUCACUGAAUAUAUUUAAGAAACACUGCAAACACAGACGUGAGAGAUGGACACGCAUUAAAAAAACUGGACUAUGGAAGUGUGACAGAGCCUGAGCCCAAAAAGUGGGAUGCUGGAAGAGAACUUUCUUUUACUGACACGGUUGCAACAAGUUGUGUAAAUAUCCACUUAGAAGCAAUCUCUCAAUGCCAAUGUGUUUUUGAAGGGGAGUGAUGCACGCUGGGCUUUAAACAUGAGUUUUGUGCUAUUUUGUCUACACACUGACUCUCUACUGCUCUUUAAAACCCAUGGAAUAUCUUUUUUACAUUGUGUCACAAACGGUGUUCUCAUUGGUGUGACCAAAUCUGUUUCAGUACUCCUUUUACACAACAUUGCUUGCCAUAGUUUCUGUGAUUCUGGUCUUUCUAUUUCUCUGUACAGCAUAAUUCAGGAAUUGAAGCUAAAUAAGUGGUGCAAUAAGUUCUCAUGACUUGCAAGUUAGAAAAUGUGUUUAGACGGCGUUGAUUCUCAAGUUAGCAAAAAGACACUAGUUUUUUCCCCUCUGUAGUAAAAGAAAUUAAAUGAAUCUGUCAGUAGAAACUUCAAAUUUUCGUCUUUUUCAAGACUAAAUCAUCAAAUGAUUUUGAAUGCUGUAAUUGUUUUCCUUUUCUUACAAUUUUUUUCUCUAUGAUUAAAAAACUGUUUAUUAAUAACAUUGAUCCAUAAAAAUCCUUUGGUGGGUGCAUUCUGUAAUGUACAACUGGCAUUUCCUGAAUUUUUGCCUACUGAAACAGCUUGUCAUUGAUUUAUUUUAGCAUUGUUGUAACUAUCUAUUUUAUAUGUACUUAACAUGUUAUAUUUAGAAAUUAAAGAAUGAUUUUCAAAAUCGUGACUGAAAAGACGUUGUGUGUGGUAAAUACAAAAAUUGUAAUAUUUAGCCAAUUGAUGUCAAAUUUUGACAAUUAAAGAUUUGUAACUCCUUGAAUUGAA